AUGGCCCCCAUGGGGAUCCGUCUCUCGCCGCUCGGCAUGGCCGUGUUCUGCCUGCUGGGACUGGGCGUCCUCUACCACCUCUACUCCGGUUUCCUGGCCGGCCGCUUCGCAUUCUUCAUGCUGAGCGAGCCGGCGGCUGCUGGGCCCGAAACCUCCCGCGGAUCCGUGCCCGGCGGCGCCGUAGACCUGCGGGAGUUGCUGGCCGUGUCGGUCCUGGCCGCCGUCAGGGGCGGAGAGGAGGUGAAGCGGGUCCGCGAAGGCAAUGUCCUCAAUGCCAAGGCGAAAGGGAAGACGAGGGAAGGGGCCGAGGAACAGCUGACGAGCGGCGACCUCCUCUCCAACCGCAGGAUGUUCUACCUGCUGAAAAGCGCCUUCCCCGCCGUGCAGAUUAACUCUGAGGAGCGCGUUGACACAGCUGAACAGGAGACAGUCUCUUGGGACCACACUAUCCCUGAAGACAUAAAACAAAAAAUCCAGCCUAAAGAGGUCCCAGCAGAAAGUGUUACUGUCUGGAUUGAUCCCUUAGAUGCUACACAAGAAUACACAGAGGAUCUCCGACAGUACGUCACGACGAUGGUUUGCGUGGCUGUGAAUGGUAAACCAGUAAUAGGAGUGAUACACAAACCAUUCUCUGCAUACACAGCCUGGGCGAUGGUGGACGGUGGCGCAAACGUCAAACCUCGUUCCUCCUACAACGAGAAGACUCCAAGGAUUAUUGUGUCCCGCUCCCAUGCAGGGAAAGUUGAGCAGGUUGCACGGCAGACAUUUGGGAACAAGACUGUGAUAAUCCCAGCUGGAGGAGCAGGUUAUAAAGUAUUGGCCCUCCUUGAUGUGGCUGAAAAGAAUCAGGAAGAAGCUGAUGUGUACAUCCAUGUCACCUACAUUAAGAAGUGGGACAUAUGUGCUGGAAAUGCAGUGUUGAGAGCAUUGGGUGGCCAUAUGACCACCCUGACUGGUGAAGAAAUUAGUUACACUGGCUCAGAUGGCAACGAGGGAGGACUUAUAGCCAGUAUCAACAUGAACCAUAAAGCACUAAUUGAAAAACUUCCAGAUCUGGAAAAAACCUCACACAAAUAA